AUGCGCUUUCGUUCGUAUUGUGAUAGCUUCUGGGAUAUGGACAAUCAUAUUGAUGAAUUGAAUUAUUCAUGUCAACAUUGGAUCUGUCCAAAUCAUCAAUAUCGAUGUCGAACAGGACAGUGUAUUGAUCUCGAUUGGGUUUAUGAUGGUGAAUGGGAUUGUACAGAUGCAUCGGAUGAAGAAGCUUUUGUACUCAUUAAUCAGUGGUCAAGUCACAAUGCUCGCCUGUCAAACUUAUCUUCUCAGCUUGAAAAUUGUCGUAGACGACAUUCUCAAUAUCCAUUUUCUCGAAUUUGCAACACAUCUUUUGAAUUCGGUUGUUAUCGAUCUCGAGUAUCAAACCCAUUGGAUAUUAAAACGAAUCGUCCAUGUAUCAAUCUCACUCAGAUUGGUGAUGGAGUGGAAGACUGCUUCAAUUCCUAUGACGAGAAAAAUACAUUUACCGCAAUUAUAGGAGCUACAAAAAUGAAAGGCAUG